AUCCGACACGGAUCAGAAUCUCACAGUUGCGGAUGAUGUAAUGGAGACAAAUGAACUGGCAGUCCGAGAUGUUGUUGAUCUGCUUCAUGCAAAAUUUGCCAUUAUAACUGGAGGAAAGUCACGUGAUGGGUGUCCAAUUAUUGUCUUUCCUGAUCUGGGUAAUUUCUGCGGCUUGGGUGAUGAAGAAUACAAGCGCCUUAUUUUGUACCUCACCUCUGUCCCUUCAAUGCAGGAGGCUGAUGUUGGCUUUGUUUUGGUUGUGGAUCGUCGUAAUGACAAAUGGAGUUCUGUGAAGGCCGUCCUUCUGAAAAUCUCAGGCUUUUUCCCUGGCCUAAUACAUGUGGCAUAUGUUUUACGGCCAGUUGGUUUUCUUCAGAAGGCUAUUUUGGAAUUUACCAAUAAACUGUCAAAGGAUGAGUUCAAAUUCAAGGUCAUUGUAUGCAACUGUGUUGAAGAUUUGCAUGAGUACAUUGAUAAAGCACAGUUGACACCUGAUCUUGGAGGAGAAAUCAACUACAACCAUGAGGAAUGGAUACAACAAAGACUUGCUCUGGAAAAGUUCUCAUGCAACACACAAGAAGUAUCAGAUGCUCUGGACAGCUUUACCCAGCGACUGCAAGAUACUGAGUUCCCUAAUGAUGUCAGUGCAACACAACAGUUGCUUAAGACGCAGGGUACUGAAUAUGCAGAGCUGAAAGAAGAAAUUCUCCAAGCAGCUCGACAUGGUGAAGAUUUACUAAACGAUAUCCGUCAGUCAUCAUCUGUUUGCAGAGAAGACCAACAAGAAAUGUACAAAAUGUGUCCCCAUCGUUUAGGCAAUGUUACUGCUGUAGAGAGGUUAUUAGUCCAGCUUGAAGAAACAGAAAGAACAUUUGAUGAUUUUUGGCAGAAUCAUUCUGCAAAACUUAGACAGUGUCUAGAACUGCGAAAAUUUGAACAAGACUUUAAGGAGUUACAGGGUAAUUUUGAUAGCCAUCUAAAAACAAUAUGUGAAAUGACUGAGAUUGGUGAAACUGUAGCUAGAGUUGAAAUACUGUUAAAUGAAGCUAGAGGUUUCCAAAAAAUGUGUUUGAUGGAUAUAGAACGAGCAGAAGAACUAAUUACAACAGGACAGCAGCUUCUGUCCAGUCGUCAUUAUUGUCCAUUGGAUUGUGUUCAGCCGAAAUGUGAUGAACUUCAGCGUAUGUGUGAUAUUCUUUCGGAAAGAAUUAACUGCCGAUUGGAAACUCUAGUAAAAAAUAAAGAAUUGCAGGAUCGAAUAGAGAAGGCUAAUCGGUGGUGUGCAAAGGGAAUAGACCUUCUGGCAUCACAGCACAUUGAAAAGUGGUCUUCAUCUCCAGAAGUGGCUGAACAGUGCUUAUCAGAAAUUCAGCAGUAUAUUGCAAGUGCAGAAGAGUUCAAGCUUAGCAGUCCGAAAGAGUUUCGGACACUUUUUCAGGAUUCAAUAACACCAGAAACAAAGGCACUUGUCACACAGGUGUUACAUCGAAUAGAUGACGUUACAAUGAUGUGUGAUAAAAGACUGGACAGUCUGAAGCGUAUGAUUCAGAAGCCACCUAGACCUGUCCAGACAGUGAUACCAGAGCCUGGUGUACCAUUACAACCACCAGGAGGUGCUCCAAACUUGUCUCGUGACCAUCACAAUGUUAACAAGGGAUCAAAAGUGUUUAGGAAAGCCAAUACCAUGCCAAAGAUUGAUAUGCCCUCUGAUUCAUGGCAGAUUCCUGUAAAAUCUUAUGAAUCUAAUGACACAAAUCUGUCUCCUGACAAUGAAGUAAAUCAUGAUCAAGAGACUUUGAAAAUUAAACAAGGCCAUGUCCUAACAGAACUGUUGGAAACAGAAAAGGUGUAUGUAUCAGAGCUCGGAUCUAUUAUAAAGGGCUACAAACGUGAAAUGCAAGCAAGUGACAUGCAGUCUAUAAUACCUCAGGCCCUACUGGGGAAAUCAGAUGUAUUGUUUGGUAAUUUAGAGGAACUUUAUUCUUUCCAUGGGGAUGUUUUUCUGAAAGAUUUGGAAAACUGCAUCACAAGCACUGAACUUGUGGCAUUAUGUUUCAUACAGAGGCGUGAUGCCUUUUACCGUCUGUACAGUUACUACUGUCAGAACAUACCACGAUCAGAACAUCUAAGGGAAAUGGUAGGCGAGAAAAACAUAUUUUUCCAGGCUUGUCAGUUGAAGCUUGGCCACAAACUGCCACUCGCAGCAUAUUUAUUGAAGCCUGUUCAGAGGAUAACGAAAUAUCAACUGCUGUUAAAGGACCUAAUACACUACAGUGAAGAUGGCAAAUGUGGUAGAGAACUUCAGGAAGCACUUGAUGGUAUGCUGAUUGUGCUCAAGUGUGUGAAUGACAGUAUGCACCAAAUUGCAAUAACUGGAUUUUGGGGGGAUUUGAGUGACCAAGGAGAAUUACUAAUGCAGGGUUCAUUCUCUGUAUGGACAGAAAGCAAGAAAGACCGGCUACGAGAACUACGCCUCAAACCUAUGCAGAGACACAUCUUCUUAUAUCAGAAGGCUAUGCUUUUCUGUAAAAAGAUUACCAAAGAAGGCCAGAAUAAAGCUGAAUAUCAUUUCAAACGAUAUUUGAAGAUGUCUCAGAUAGGGUUAACAGAGUCUGUGAAAGGUGAUGGUCGUAAAUUUGAAGUUUGGCUGCAGGGGCGGCAGGAAGUUCACACCAUUCAAGCUUUAACCUUAGAACAGAAGGAAGUAUGGGUGAGCAAGAUAAAAAGUGUCCUACUUGAUCAGUUAGCAGAACUGAAGGGCGAAAAGAUCAGGCAGUACUCUAUGGCAGGUGGAAGCAAAAUUAUUCACAGGCCAUUACACCAGACAACAUCAUGGGAUAGCCAUUCAUGUCUUCCAAAAAAUGGAGGUCUAACGUUUGAAGAAUCUCAAAAUAAACGUCCUCAUGUAGUGACUGAAAAUCCUGAAGAAGAAGCUGCAUGGAGCUCAGAGUACAGUAACAGCGAUGAUGAGGAUACUUUCGUAGAGCACACAGAGGGAGGUAGGUAUGUAGCUCUGGCUGAUUACUGUGCAAUGGGGCAUAGUGAAGUCUCCAUGCAUGAAGGUGAUACCGUUGAAUUAUUGAAGGUUGGCUGUGGAGGAUGGUGGUACAUCAGAGUAUCAGCAUCACAACUGGAAGGAUGGGCUCCUUCUGCCUAUUUAGACCCACUAGGUAGAAAAUCUUCCCGAAAUUCUCAGUCUCUUAGUGGUCGAGAGAGUGGAAGGUCAGCAGUAAAUCCUCCAACGGAAUAACAAUGGAAAUUCUUUUACAUGCAUCUGCUACCACCAUUCCACUUAAAGUUACAGCAGGUUCCUUGUUGCCUUCAUGAAGAAAAUAAGCAAAAGGAUUUAACUUGCAUGGUGAUUAAGUGUACUUAAAAAUGAAGAAAUUUGUACCCAAACUUUUUGACAUUUUUGAUGGUUAUUAUGAUUUAGUAUUCAAGGCAAGCAAACAUUUCUGUACUCGAUCAGAGUUCCUGUAAAACUGACAGAUUUUGUUGCCGGAAUAAGGUACAGGUCAUAAUUUGCUGUAACUUUAAUUGUUAACUAGUGUGUAAGUGUAUAUAAUUAAAAUAGAUAAACAUUUUUAAGAAACAUUUAAUUAUUUGAUAGUCAUAUGUCAGGAACAAUUCUAGUCCUGUGCACAAAUGUCAAGGACACCAAAAAGUGUUUUGUAAAAUUUUAUAUGCAAGAUAUGUGCAAAAUUUAUAUUCUGUUAAUAUUUGCAGUCAGGGUUUAAAGGAUACAUUCCAUACUGUUAAAUGAACAUUUAAACUUAUUUUUAUGGAAAACAGAUACAGACAGUUGUUUUACAAACUGUUUGCUGUUUUGCUGUUCACCUGUUGCUAGUGGUUAAACAGUUUGUUUGUUACAUGUUGUUAUUAAAGAUAAUGUGGGAAGUAGUUAUGGCUCAGAAAUUAAAAUAUUUCUGUGCAGUUAAAGAAUCUUGCCAAAUUUUAUAAAAUUUUGGCUUUCAUUGUAUUUAUUAAGGUGUGUGUGUGUGUGUGUGUGUGUGUGUGUGUGUGUGAGAGAGAGAGAGAGAGAGAGAGAGAGAGAGAGAGAGAGAGGUAUGGGGAUGCUUGAAUGACUAUGGGUAUGAAUUGUGCAAGCUUAAUUUUGGUGCUUAUGUGGAAAUGUUCUGUGUAAAAAUAUAUAUGCCAUUACAAGGAGAUGUACAUAGAGCAUAUACAUUAUCACACACACAGAGCGCUAACAUAUUCAUCAAAAUGGUGAACUGAUUCCUCUAUAUAAACUGUAAUGCGAUUUUACUAAGUCAUUAAUACAGCAGUUAAUAUACCAGUACAGCCUACCAUCCCUUAUUAUAUUUCAUAAUUUAUAUAUAAAUUUAUAGUACCUAUGAAGAUGUUUCUCAUUUGAUAAGCAAGUGUUUGUGUCAUUUAUGCACAAGUGUGUAAAUGGUGAUGCAGGGAUGAUUACAGUAGAUGCUAUUGAAUUCCGUAGAAGUUACAUAAGAGCCUCAGUUCCAUUUUUAAUGUUGCUCAUAUAAUGAACAGCAAGAUUUAUGUCCAGUAUCUUUUCAAUGAAACACAAAUAUUCUAAGUGCCUUCAGGCUGAUUCAGUAAUACAUCUGUUUUGAGUUGUUAAUUGUCAUUAAAUUACGUAAUUAUACCUCUAUUGCCGCCAUAUCCAGUGAAGAAUGCUAUCUGGAGCAAUAAAUUGUUGUACAUCGUGCAAAGUUUGAGAGAUUAGUUCCUUCUCUUACUUUCUUCUUUCAGCUUCUACACUGUGGAGGACAUAAGAGUUUAGUAUCUAAUAAUUUAAGGUUUCUCGGUCCUAAAAAAAUUUCAUUUGUAUGCAUUUAUCUCAGAAAAAUUGUGUGCGUUUGUUGAGAAAAGCCACUACUUUCUUAAAGUUUAUUUUCAAAGGCUUUUACUAAGUAAAAUAACUGAUUUCUAAAUCACCCUCAAGGAACUGUUGGGAGACUCUACAAACUUAUUAAUCCAGAAUUAUAUACUGAACGAUGCACUCUUAAUGUGUUACAUGCUAAAUUGCCUAGUCAAAACAGGUAUCAUGUCUUCUUGUGUGAUACUUGAUUUUAAUGUGGUCUUUUACAGAAUUUUCAUUAAUUAAUAUGUAAAUUUGUACCACACUUGAGACACCAACCUGGGUUUCCUUGCUUUUUUGUUUCUAGUCACCUGAGUUAACAGGCUGUCCUAUUUCUGUGAAGAGACUUUAUGUGAUUAUUCUAUUUAGAACUUCUUGUAGUGUUUCUGUGAAUCUACUUUGAACAUUAAACAGCUGAAAAUACCUGGUUAUUUCCUUACUGAGUCAACUUCAUACAUAACUUUGUAGUUGAGACUCUUGCUGUCUAGUAUUACUCAGAGGUUCAGUGAAAAAUCCUUACUGAUUAUUUUAUAUAAUAGUGUCUUCUUGUAAAGUCUCAAAAAUUAAAUGAACAUGUUUAACCUGCAGUAAGGUGCUGGAAUUUACCAGUGGCCUGUUCAGUUGGGGUAAAUUCAGUAAAAAAGUAUUUGAGGAUACAUGUUACUUCAGCUUAUUUGGUGGUGCCCUGUUUGUAAACCAUUUGCUACCUAGUCUUGCAGAGGAAAUUGAGUAUUUUUUUUCUUUGAUUCUAAAAUUCAGAGGUCAUUGUUUUAGGAACUGCUAAAUUCUUAUUUACUAACAUUUAUUAUGCAGAACAUUUUGAUAUUAUCAGCCCUGCCAACAUUUACAAGCUAAAAUCUGUUCUGCAGUUCAACACCUUUCUCAGGUGCAGCACUUUCUCUCUACAUAAUAUUGUAUUAUUCACAAGUCAUGAAAAAAUAAUUCGUCCAACAGUGACAACUUGAAUGUCACCAUCGAGUCAUUUGAUGUUUGUUGUGUUGACAUGGCAUUAUUAAAUUUGGAUAUCUGUGGGAUUAAUUUCAAGUCAGUCAAUCAACUACUCUGGGAUCUUCCUGCCUAAUACAGUCAUUGCUGAAAAUCUCUCUCUUGUUUCUCAUAUCUGUUUUUUUAGUACAUGCUGAUUCCUGUAGACAACUUCUUAGUUUGGGAACUGUCUUUUCUAUCUUGAUAACUUCCAAAGUUUUACUCGAUAGGAGACCAAAGCUUCAGAAUACAGCAUAGUAAGAAAUAUUACUGGCUGGGAAGAGAGACCACAAGGAUAAGCACUUAAACUCAGAGCACCACAUCAGAAAGCCAUAAUUCUUGAACCAAGAUUAUUCCCCAGGUUCUCACUGUGAAAUUCUCCCACAUAGAAUACCAUUAACAGUUUCUAAAAUCACUCCAUGAUGAACAUCCAUGAAAUGCAGUUCUGAAGCAAAAACUAUUAUUACACUCGCACAGCUGUAGCUUUGGAAUCUCCUUCCUUAACUUAAGAGUUCACUAUGAACUAAAGUUUGAGUUGGUGCUCAGUCACUAGAUGAGUACUAUUCAUGAUGAACACUGAUCCCCCACUGUGAGUAGCAAUAAAUGUCUCACAUGCUCUCUGGGAAAUUUGACAACUGCCUUAUGUGACUCCCCACCCAGCAAACAUCAAUUAGUUCAUAAAGCACACAGUAACACCCAUUAAUUCUAUCUUCAUUGCGCUACUGAUGCACCUCAAGCUGUACAUUUGUAUUUACUUUCUUUUUUUUCUUUCAAAUUAAAAACAGUGUUGUUACAUUGUGGUGGUGGUGGUGAUUCAGUAAUUAUUCCAUGCAGUUGCAAUAACACAGCGACUUGAGGACAUUCUCCUCUGUCAUAAUCAUCUAGUUUCUGACAAGCAGUCUUUUCAGAAUUCAUAGUUUCUAGGCAGCUGCUGCUAUAUUCGUCGUAAAAGACACAAUUGAACUAUUCCCACACACUCACUUCUGCCUCCAUCUCCUUUAUACAUAAUAAUGUUGCUGUAUUUAUUUUUUAUUAUUUUUUAACUGAGCACAGCUUCCCAUGCCCUGUCCUCUUUUAGCACUUGAACAGACAAAAUGAUAGGCCUAAGUAAGAUGUCAGAUAAAAAUGAAGUUUAUAUAGGGGUCACCCAUUUAACUGCAUUAGUGUUGAGCAUAUUUGAUGGGUAAAGUGGAGAAACAACAUUAAUGUCCAAUUGGUGACAGUGCACCUAAAUACCUGUUGUAGGUAUCAAAAUCUAUCUUAUAUUGUUUUGUGUGAUGUCUGAAACCUAUAAUUAAUUGCUAUCAGUUGCUUUUUGAGGCCAACAAGAGUGUCUACUAAAUGUCUGUUAUGCUGUGUUUUCAAUACUUGUCGUCCUGGUAUAAGGUUUUGGUGUCUGUCAUUACUAUUCAGCUGUUGUUACUAGGGCUAACAUAGACUGUAACACAUGUCCUUGCAAAUCUUUCCUGUAUUUAGGUAUUCUAAAAUCUACACAUUUUGGUUUUAUGCUUUACAAAAGUCAUUAAUAUUUUGUAGACAGGUACUUCCUUUCAGUCAUUCAACAGAACAAGUUUGUGGUUAAUUUUAGGGAGCUGCAUUUGCUGGACUCAUAAUAUUUCAUAUCAAUUGUUUUUCCUUUCUCUUCUUUGAUUCUCUUCUUGAGCUAUGGAACAAAACAAGUAUUGUUAAGUUGUGUGUAAUGAGUCACGGAAACCAAUCCACCAAAUACAAAUACUGAAAGAAUUUCUACCAGUAAUGAAUUGAGAAGCUGAAUAUAACAGUUCAGUAAUGGAAAAAGUAAAUGCUUUUGUUGUGAUAGGAAUACCAUUAUAGUAUGUGAUACCUUAAUCAGUCCAUAUACUGAAGUUUCAAACAAUGCUAGGUAAAGAGGACUACUGUAAUCAUCUCUUUCACUCAUAUUACUUCAGUUUGUACCUUUUCUUAACAAGCCUUUUAAUUUGAUUUCAGGUUUUCUACAAUACAUUUUGCACACAUACAUUCCUUGAUAUUUUCUUUUGAAUUGUAUUACUUGAGAAUAUAGACAGUAAUUGUAUAUUAUAUACAUUUAAAGUACCAAACCAGGAUUAGAAAAAUCAUGUUUUUCAAAAGUUGUUGUUACCCAAAUUUAACAUUUCCAAAGUAAGACGCUAAGAAUGUGAAUUUUAAUUGACAAUCAGUAUUUAAAUAAGUAUUUAUGACUAGUAAUUCAAAGUUAGGUUGAUGAAAUUUGUGUUAUGCUUGUGUGUUAUCAAAACUUUAAGUGUGCAUGUGUAAGAAUAUAUCGUAAUCAUAAAUGUAUGCCACUAUCUGUAAAUCCAUUUCAACAAAGCUGUUUUUGUACCAUUUUGGCAACAAAAGAUUGUAAUACAUUCCAGCUCAUUACCUUUUAAUACAGCAAUCCGAAUUUGUGUCAUUGUGUCUUGAACAGUAAUAACAGUGUCAAUGACCUCUUCUGUAUGUGUACUAUAAACAAAUGAUGUACUUUAAAGAUCAAAGUUCCCUUAAUUUGUUAAUUUGAACUUGGAUUUUAUGUCCAUUUACCAACUAAGCAUUCCUUUAUAGAUAUCAGUACUGCUUUCUUGUGAUAACAUAUUGUAUUUUGUACUGUAUUCAGUCCAUUUAUAACACUCACCGUCAACUUAGAAUUUUUUAAUGGUUCUGUAAAUUAAAUAAAGUACCAGUAUUGCUGUAGUUGAUAAGGUUCGAAAGGAAAAGUACAAAUAAUGCUAACGUCAGUAAUGCUGCCUUGUACAACAGAAAUUUGUAAAUAUUCCUACUUGUGGUGCUAUAGUGACCUCCAUCUUCCAUGCAUUUCACCACAUGUAAUUAUGAUCCAUUAGAUGAACUUGAGGUUCAUGUUCUAUCUGAAUUUAUUCAAUUUGAAUCCAAGUACUUCAUUAAAGUGCAAGCUUCUCAGUCUUAUGUUGCCUGGGUGGGUGACUUUCAGAUAAUUGAUAUGAAAUUCAUGAAUGAAGACAGGAAAAAAAUGGACCCUGUAUGUUGAAGAAGAUAGUCGCAGCAAGUACUUCAUUCUCAGAGUGAUUUGUGUACUGGAAAUGCCAGCAAGAUUAUCUGAUAGAAAUAAUGUCAAUAUAACUAUUACAGCCUCCUCUUCAGGUUCAUUUCUUACCAAUGGGGAAUUCUGUGGCUCCUGCUACACCCAUUGUAUUGCCAUACCCAUAUAUUUACAAAGAUGUCUGUACCUUCACCAAAUUAAAGUAUCGGUACCUCAGGACCAUUACUACCUUUUGUAGGCGUGCAGUUUUAGUACUUCUGACCACAAAAUUACAUGGCAAUUCUUUUUUAUUGUUGUCUUCCAUUAAGUAAGAUGAGAAAGCAUGCUUUUCAUACAGAAAAUAAAACAUUAAUGUAAAGUUACAAUACUGUACACAGCCCUACAGCUCCUGGAAUGUUACUUAAGACUACGAAGUAGUAUUUUGUAUUAAAGAUAAACAAGCCACUGAAACUGCCACUCUGUGUAAAUUAGGUAUAAAUUCAUGAUCUAUGCAGAGAUAAGCCAUGAGUCACAUGUGCUGUACAUUGAUUGGGUUAUGAUCACCAGUAGGCUGCAAAACAUUUGCAGAAGGAAGAAACUCUGUAACUUAACUUGCAAAAACAAAUUAUGAAGAGUUAUCUGUUUAAUUUGUUACGAAACAAACUGUUUUAAAUUAUUGACUUAAAUUAUCUGUGGUGUUCAGUUUUUUACUCAGAUUUUGUAUUAUUUAUUAAAUAUCACAAACAGUUACAUUUUAGGGCUUUUUUUCUACAUCUCAUUAUUUCUUUGAUGAUCGGAGUCUACAAGAAAGUAUGGAAGGGGGCUGUUGAGAACUAACAAGUGAUUUCUCUGCUUAGUUUUAAUUUCAUUUCAUUAGAAAUAAAUAAAUAUGAAAAAUGUAUCCUGGCAUGCUCAGAAAUUCCUGCCAAUAGCUGAUAUUAUACUGCUAGUGCCACAACAAUUAAAUAAAAGCUCAUUCAACUUAUUAUUUGUUCACAAUUGUAUUGAAAUUGUCAUUUCCUUUCAAUGUUUAUAAUUUUCAUGCCUUAGGAAUGUAUUGCUUUGCUUGAUUUAUUGGUAGCCUUAUUUUUCAUGAGGCAUCACCCUCUUGCAUUAUUGAUACAAUCAAUUUAUUCUAACACCUUUCAGUAUAUUACUGCACAUGACAUUAGUUUUAUUUGAUCUUUAUUUUAUGUGUUCACGAAUCUAGUCCACAGUAGAAUGUAUAGAGUGCUCAUAUUAUUCAACAGUGAUCAUGUCAUUCUGCAUUGUCCUUGGAACUGUAUAGUAUGAUGGGAGCAAAGUAUAAUUAUUUUCUUAGGAAGUAAAUAAUAUUCAGUGAAACACAACUUAGGGAACUCAAGGUAUAAAACUUGAGACAAAAAAAUUCUAGUAAAAUGGCCAUUUACAAAGAUGACUAUCCAGUCUGUAGGUAUAAUUUUUCAGAUAUAUUUUUGGAGCAUAGGUAUUUCUUUUUUUGUGCUCAUAUUUAGUGUGUCAACAUAAUAAAUAAAAGUGAUGUUCCGACAUUUGUGCUCUAUAUUAUUGAUAUUGGGAACUCUUAUAGAUGAUCUGCAUUGUUGGAACAUUUGCAUUAACUACAUAAUUGUUCCUGGUAAUAUACAAAUGUUUGAUUUGUAAAAGCGACCAUCAGUAUUUGUUGUGCAUGUUUGAUAAUGUUUCAUCAAUGUAACAAUGUCUUUUCCAGUAACAUAAUGUUGCUUUCCUUUUAUUUCUUAUGCAUUAAAUACACCUUGAAAUUUUUAGUACAAGUUGCGCUGUGUAUAAAAUAUUGUUAUCGUGAUUCUCUCAAAAAAAAAAAAAAAAAAAACUUUUAUAUUGGUGAUGUGUGUUUCUUUUCUGAAGACAGUGAAGUAUUCAAUUAUAUUCAGUGAUGUUAAGCU